AUUACAUACAAUCUUUUUUUUUUUUUAUAGGGCAUCAUGUGCUGAAAUGUUUCCCUAGACUAGAAGAUUUACAGAGUCUGUACAUCCUCCAAAAAAGGCAUCACUGUAUAUAAUUAUGCAAUACACCAAAUGCAAUGUAUUUUCCUAUAGUUGUAUUUUGUGUAACAUGUUUGGUGACUAAGGUGCAGCCCUUAUUAUGAACUCAAACAUCAGCAGCAGGUCUACGUUCACUGAUGGAGAUAGGCCACAGCUACCAAGUUUUGCAUAGACUCCGUGUCGCAUUGGAGUCUAUGGCUAGAGAAAUUUGCAGUAUCCAAUGCCAGGCGCUGUUUGGUCCGAGAGAGAACUUUAGUUUGCAUAGAUACCGUCCAUGCUUCCGGAUCUCUUCAUGCUAUGUCCAAAAUGGUGGACAUGGCGCGACCGGCGUUUGGGCAGGGGGAGCUGACGGAGUACAAGAGGAGCCUGAUGAAGCGCGACCUGGAGAUGGGCAUGGUGAUGAGCGUGUUCAGGCAGCGUGUGGAGCGCCUCACAGUCCAGGUCGUCACGGAAACACGGCAGGUGGCGUGGACACGCACCGCCGACAAGACGGACGGAGUCUUGGACCUGUUUGAGAUCAGGGAGCUCCGGCCCGGGAGAAACUCCAAAGACUUUGAGCGCUUCAAAGACGGAAAGGACAAACACGAUGAAAACACCUGCUUCACAAUCUUCUACGGCUCCAUGUUUGUCCUCAACACCCUGAGUCUCGGAGCGGACACUGUGGAGGAUGCAGAGAAAUGGCUGACUGGGCUGGAGCUACUGAGACAGGAGACACUUGUAGCCCCGACACCAGCGAUAAUUGAGAGUUGGUUACGAAAACAGAUGUAUUCCAUUAACCAUACCAAGAAGAACAGUCUCACCUUGAAAGAGCUGAAAGCCCUCCUUCCUCAGAUCAACUAUAAGGCUUCCAGCACACGCGUACUCAAGGACAAGUUGUCGGAAGUGGGAGCCAAGAAAGAGCAUCUGGAUUUUGCACAGUUCCAUAAACUGUACAACCUCCUCAUGUUCGAACAGAAAGAUAUCCUCGAGGAGUUCAAAAGGGAGUCGUGUGCAUUCAUCAUGGGGAACACAGACCGGCCGGAUGCAUCGACAGUCCUGCUGCAUGACUUCCAGAGGUUUCUCCUCUACCAACAGAAGGAACCCUGGGCCAACAAUCUUAACCUUGUCAAAGAGCUCAUGACUACAUUCAUCGAUGACACAAUGAGGAAAACCAACGAACCCGAGUUCAAUGUCAGCGAGUUCCUGAACUUCCUGUUUUCCAAGGAGAACUCGAUCUGGGAUGAGAAGCAAUCCGAAAUCAACACCGCGGACAUGAACAACCCUCUGUCUCACUACUGGAUCAGCUCCUCCCAUAACACCUACCUGACCGGCGACCAGCUGCGCAGUGAGUCUUCCACCGAGGCCUACGUCCGCUGCCUGCGUCUGGGCUGCCGCUGCAUUGAGUUGGAUUGCUGGGAGGGACCUGGGGAGCCCAUCAUCUACCACGGCUGGACCAGGACCACCAAGAUCAAGUUUGAAGACGUGGUCAAAGCCAUCAAUGAGCACGCCUUCGUCACAUCUCAGUACCCGGUGAUCCUGUCCAUUGAGCAGCACUGCCCGGUAGAACAGCAGAAACAGAUGGCUCGCAUCUUCACCGACGUGUGCAAGGACAAGCUGCUCACCGAGCCCGUAGAGCACAUGGCCGAACAACUGCCCUCCCCCACCCAGCUCAUGGGCAAGAUCAUCCUCAAGCACAAGAAGUUGAACUUGGAGGAAUCGAUUUCAAGCAAAGACUUCAGGAAGGGCCAGAAACAGGGAGACCUGGAUAUCUGGGACCCGGUGGACCAGCGAUGGAACAAGCACUACUGCGUGAUCGCCAACAACAAGCUGUACUAUGCUGAGGAGUAUGAGUCAGAGGAGGGAGAACCCCAAGAGUUCCAGGAGCAGCCCUGGUACCACGGCUUCAUGCCUGAGGGGACGCAGGCGGCCGAGAAGCUCUUGGAGGACUUCUGUGCGGUGUCGGGCGACCUGGACGGCACCUUCCUGGUCCGCAAGAGCAACACUAAUCUGACGAGGUUCACCCUCUCCUUCCGGCGCGGUGGCAGGGUGCAGCACUGUCGGAUCUCGUCCCGCCUGGAGGAGGGGCGGGCCUACUACUUCCUGACCAACAGCCUGCUGUUCCCCAGCCUGAGCGACCUCAUCCAGCACUACCGCGCCAACCCCCUGCGCUGCCAGGACUUUGAGCUGCGGCUCACCGACGACGUGCCCCAGCCCGACCUCCACCUGCACCAAAGUUGGUUCUACAGUAACCUGAGCAGGGGUCAGGCGGAGGACUACCUGCUGAGGAUCCCCAGAGACGGAGCCUUCCUCAUCAGGCAGCGGGAGGGAGUAGCGGACACCUUUGCCAUCACGUUCAGGGGCGAUGGUAAGGUGAAACACUGCCGGAUCAACAAGGAGGAAGGCGUCUUCCUCCUGGGCAACUCCAUUGAGUUUGACAGCCUGGUGGAGCUGGUCAAUUACUUCAAGAAGAAGCCCCUGUACCGCAAGAUCAAACUACGUUACCCAGUCACCCCCGAGCUGGUCAGCCGCUUCAGCACGGAGAAAGACUGUGCCUCCCUGUAUGAAAUGAAGACGUACGUGGAGCCCAACGAGAUCGAGCCAACACUGCCUCUGAAUUCAGUGAAGGCCUUGUAUGCCUACCAGGCGACCAGGCCUGACGAACACACCUUCGCCAAGGGAGCUAUCAUGCACAAUGUGACCAAGGAGAACGACAGCUGGUGGAAAGGAGACUAUGGAGGGAAGCUGCAGCUGUACUUCCCUGCCAACCGCGUGGAGGAACUCUUCAGCAACCCAAAGCCCGAGCCAAAAGCCAAGGAAAUGGAGUACAACCCGUUGGGUGAACUGUGCAAGGGCAUCGUGGACAUCUCCAAAUGUAACAUCCAAAACUUGGCGAACGGUAAGAACCAGAAGUCCCACGUGGUGAGCCUGCAGGAGAACGCAGACGACAGCCUAGAGUUUGACCUGUCGGCCGACUCCCUGGAGGAGCUGUUUGAGUGGUACCAGGUGGCCUGGGUCAUCACCCAGCGCGAGAUGCAACGGGAACAGGAGCAACGGGAACAGGAGAUCAAGCAGCAGGAAGUGGCAAAACGUGAUGUGGUCGCCAUGGAGAUGUCAGACCUGGUCGUUUACUGUCAGCCUCGCAGCAAGGAGAAAGACCGCUUCGACAGCUACACCUACAAGGAGGUCCGCUCCUUUGUGGAGAACAAGACGCCGGGGAAGAGCCAGACACAGAAGUUCCUGCAGUACAACCGCAUGGCCCUGAGUAGGGUUUACCCCAAAGGCCAGCGUGUGGAGUCCUCCAACUAUGACCCCCACCCCCUGUGGGCGGCCGGCUGUCACAUGGUGGCUCUCAACUUCCAGACUGCUGAUAAAUACACCCAGCUGAACAGCGCCCUCUUCAGUCUGAACGCGAGCACAGGGUACGUGCUGCAGCCAGAGAUGAUGCGCUUCGACACCUACGACCCCAAUUCGGAGAGGAGGCAGGUCAAGAUGAACGUCGUCGUCAGGGUGAUCGCUGCCCGCCACCUCCCCAAGCUAGGCCGGAGCAUCGUCAGCCCCUUCGUGGAGGUGGAGCUGUGUGGCCACACGGAGGACAACAAGUUCAAGACGGCCGUCUUCCGAGAAAACGGUCUGAACCCGGUGUGGAAGACCCCGGCGGAGGCUGCGGCGCUCCCGGUGUACGACCCCGAACUCUCCUUCCUGCGCUUCGUGGUCAACGAGGAGGACAUGUUCUCAGACCCAAACUUCCUGGCCCAGGCCACCUUUCCUCUCCGAGGCAUCCGCACAGGUUAUCGCUCGGUACCCUUGAAGAAUGGGUACAGUGAAAACUUGGAGCUGGCCUCGCUGUUGAUCUACAUUGACAUUGAGCAAGUGGGGAAAGCAGAGGAGGAGCUCUACUCGUCGUCCGGCCAGCUGCAGAAGAAGCCGUCGUCGGGCAGCGAGCCCUUCCUGUACGACAGCCACAGCAGCACCAGCCGCUACGGCCUGGCCCGGCAGAGCAGCGCCGAGAAACAGAAGGUCAAGGAGAAGAAAAUCAACAACAGCAAGUUCUACUAAUAAUGAAUAGUUCCACCUCUGACCUCAACACACGAACACACACACACACACACACACAAACCGCCGCGUACCCUCCCUCCUACACUGUUGUAGAGAACGGCUUCUUCCAGUAGCAGACCAAGGGAACAUUGCGUUCGGAUUCCGAUUGGCUGCGAUUGUUUGAGAUUUUUAUACAUAUAUAUAUAUUUAGACCUUAGUUACAGCAUCAUACUCAUUAUACUCAUAAUCUCCGUCAUCCACGGGGAUCCACAACCCACCCCUUGUCAUGCUCCCUGUUUAGUUCCAUCAAUCCGUUUGUACAUUCAGAUUAGGACCAAACACACGUUUCAUGUGUUAUCUAUGGUUUAUCUAUUGUGCUUAGUUUCAUGCAUUUUGUCAAUAGCCAAACCUUUGGCUUGCUCCAUGUCUUUCCUCUAAUAUUUGUAUCCAUAUGAAUUGUAUUUGAGUUUUUAAGUCUUUGGAAAUCUUGAAUUGAAGGUAGUAUGUGUGUGUGUGUGUAGUUGCUUGGGUGACAUUUUAGAAGGAAAAUCGCAGUCUAGCCACCUCUGAUAAUAACUUGCCACUAGACCCAGGAUAGUCUAACGGUUAGGGGUUUUGGAUCACCGCUUAAAGCUGUUAGAUGCCUAGCCUCCUACCUGGGCCUCCCUGUAAGUCAUUUUGGGGAAAAGCAUUUGCUAAAUUAUUAAUUAGUAAGGGCAUUUGGUACAGAUCUACAAUACUUAAUAUAAGUGAUGGCUUGGAAUAGGACAUAUUGUAUAGAUGAAAUGAAGAAACGUAUGCUGCUACAGUCAAUACAUACAUACAUGCAUACAUUAGUUUUAUGCCCUUGAACCUGCAAAAACAAUAAGCAGUGUGUAGAAUUGCUCAAUUUUUCAAACUCCAUGUACUGUGUAAUACCAAAGAUUGAUACUGUCAAUGACAGGUUAAGUAUGAAGAUUUUGUUAGAUAUCCCUUGGUUGAAUAUGAUUCACAUGCAAAACCUGUUAAAUAUGCAGUCAGUGUGUUUUUAAUGCUCCCAUGAUGACCUUACAAUGGACUGAGCCAAUAAAAUGUUUCAUUAUGCUGUUCUUUAAAAAGACAUUCAGACCUUUGAAUUUCCAUGAAUGGGAUGGACCCCUAACAGUUUUUUAACUGAACGUUCAUUGUAACUUAUACUGAAACAACACCUAAUGUGUUAGAUUUUUCUUGCAUGGGCUAUUCUGUACAAAUAGUAUCUCACUAUUGACAACUGGCGGGCGUAAACAAACUGAUAUACAAACUGUUUUUGUAUAACUGGGCUUUCAUCCAUUGGGAUGAGAGCCCAGUUAUACAAAUACAGUUUGUAUAUCAGUUUGUUUAACUAUGGCCGUUAGGAGGGCAGAUGCUCUUUCCAAUCCAUCUAAAUAUUAUAUUAAACUCAUAAUCUCCUGCUCCAUGAAGUAGAGAAUCUUGCAUCAUAUUAUAGCACCAAUCGAAUCCAGCUAAACACAGCAGGAGCCUAUAUAGAAUAUAAAAAAGAAUCCAUUGAUCCACAGUUGGUGAACAUCAAUGGAUAUAAUUAAAUAGCAGAUCUAAUUACAUUUGAACUAACAAAGUUAUCAAUUUGUUAUGGCUUAUGGACUGCAAGGCCUCUUAACAACUCAUUUGACCUCCAUAGUGGCUAUCAUGCGUGGCCAGAUCUACCUGAUCUAUUUAACUGUCCAUAAAAACAUAAAUAAAAGUCUCACACCACUAACACAUAUUCA